CAGGCGGGCCCGGAGGGCGGAGGUGGGAUGUGGCUGCUCCGGGGAGGGACCAAAUAACUCCCUCUGCUAUUGGGAAUGUCUUUUGCAAGUGCUGAUGGGAUGUGCUACUUAAGACCUGACAGCAGCUUUUAAAUCUGGAGGUACUAUCCAGAGAAGUUUUGUUUCCUUCCAAGGCAGGCCUUCAAGAUGUGGACAGCUGUUGGGUCUUUUCUGUUGAUCUCCUUAUGUGUGUCUGAAAACGGCAGCUCCAUCUUAAAGGAGAGGGGGGUCCAGGUAACACAUGUACAUCUGCUCAGCAGUGAAAAGCAUUGCAAGCAAGCUUGUAAAGGCCCAACAGCAUCAGGUAAUCUCUACUGCUGGUCAGUGCUGUAUCAGAGCCGCUGUGUCCUCUUGCGCUGUCCUCAGCUGAGUGCAUGUCAGAACGCCAGCGCACAGGAUGUUAAAGAACUAAUGGGAGAAUUUGUGAUCCGUAAAAGGAGAGAUCAUGAAGGAGCCCUUCAAACAAACAACACAGGAAAGUCUGCUGGAGAGCAGGAGCUACUGAAUAAAACAAGACUUGCUGAGACAGAAACAAAAGUGCCUCUUUUGCCAAAAGCUCCAGAGAGGAAGGUAGCAGAAGGUACUGCAGUCAGCACAACUACCACUGCGACUUCCACAAUCGCUGCCAUCUCCCAAGGUAGAGCAAUAGCCAUAACCACAGCUAGUAACAACGUAACCACAACUCAUGGUAAUACAACUCUUGGCAUCCCAAAUGUGACUUCUGGUCCCAGCAUUCCCCCUCAGAAACCAUCGUUGCCUCCCACACCUUUCCAUUUAACUGAAAGUGCUAUUACUGUUAACAGUACAUCAAGUUCAAAAGGGGCACAGACCAGUAAUUUAACUUUGGGAGCUGCUAACACAACAGAAACUACUCCCAGGACUAUUCCUACUACUUUUGCCACAGCAGCAAACAAUCCAGUGCUUCCCACAACCCACAAAACAGGUAUGGCAACCGGCACUCUUGUACCAGUGAACUCUAGCAGUGUUGGAAGCAGCUCAAGAAGCCCAGUAAACUCAUCUUCAAAUGCAGCCGCCCAAAAUCCACCAGCUUCAGCCACCCAAAAUUCACUAACUACAGCCACCCAAAAUUCACUAACUACAGCCACCCAAAAUUCACUAACUACAGCCACCCAAAAUUCACUAACUACAGCCACCCAGAAUCCACCAUCUUCAACCACCCAGCAUCCACUAACUACAGCCACCCAGAAUCCACCAGCUUCAAAAGCCACUGGCAUAUCUCAGACAACCAAGAGACCAACCACAGUAGCAACAAAGUCAGCUGAACUCACAACAAUUGUAAAGACAACUCCAGAUAGGGUAACGCCUCGUGUGACUGCAAAGGGUGCUGAAACCACCACCGCUGCAGAGCAACCUGCGAGUGCUACGAGUCAACCAGUGCUUGUCACAACGUAUACAAAUCCCUUGUCAGUGUUUGCAACGAAAAGUCCAGUGGCACCGCCCAAAUCAGUAACCAUAAACCACGGCCAAGAUCAGCAGGACACAGGUAGUGAGGGUAGCUAUCGUCCAGUAGAUGUUAGUUUGCUCUUAGCAGUGCUUCUGUUUGGAGUCCUGUUUUUUGUAACAAUUGUAGUAUUGUUUGUGAUACAGGCCUAUGAGAGCUACAGGAAGAAAGACUACACCCAAGUCGACUACCUAAUCAAUGGGAUGUAUGCAGACUCAGAGAUGUGAAAGCAAUAGCAAUCCAAAGCGAGGCAUUCAAUAUAUACAUCUACUUGUUGUGGGAGGUCGAAAGCCAUGGGUGGCUUGUCUUUCAGUUCCCUGUUCUGCCUAUAAGACCAACUGAAAGUGCUUCCAAAUAACCUUUGGUGCAAUGUAGGAGAAAUGCCAUGUAUUCUACUUCUAAAAAUAUUUUUUUUAACCAUCAGGUUGCCACUGACAUAUUAUUUCUCAGUUUUUGCUUCUGUUGUGCCAGUUUUGUUUUGCCAUUGCAAAGAGGGGCUAAUGCUGCAGGCAGCCCUCCUCCGAGGACUGUGGUGCUUCCUAGGCUCCUGUUCCUCAAGUUCUGUUGAUACCCUGCCUAUCCCUGCAUAACAAAGAGCAAAAAGGGGCUGUCUCUGCCUGCAAGGCACUGUGUUGACUGCUGCCAGUCCAGAUGGAUUGCAGAGGACUGGCAGCAUUGGUGCAGGUGGCAGAACCCUAAAGAGUGACAGGUGCAACCCCCCCCCCUUGGCCUAGGUGGUGACCCUUCCAUACGGUACGUUUCCUUUUUUUCUGCUUCCAGCUACAGCACUGAACCAGCUGCGGGAGACGCUGCUGGCUUGAGAUGCAACCUUAGGAGCGAUGCUUGUUGCAGGUUAUGAGUUCUGAAGUGUAUGGACGGAAAGCUCUUUAGAACCAUGAGGCAUUCCUAAGGCUCCCUGCCAGGGGCACUGUUGGCAGAACAGGCAUCUUAUUUCAGUGAGCUCCCUGCUUCUUUAAAAUGUGUGUACUAAGCCAUGUUCAUGCUGUGCUGUUUCCUAAUCGUGACUGUUCUUCGCUGAGGUGCUUCUGCAUCUUUAUAUGAUUUUAUUUUUGUACCCACUCAAUAAAUGAGGCCCUGGAGGGCAUGUAAAGGUU